GCCAACCAAAGCUCCGAGCUCGUACGCCUCCAUCGAAGAUGCUGGCGCUGCAGAGACGGCGGAGCAGACGGCCAUCGUCAAGGUCACGACCGAAGCCUCGUCCGCUUCAGCGGCCGGUCCUGCCGAUGAUCUGUCCAACCAGGGUGCCGCGAUGACCAAACACACACAGACAAUGGAGGCGAUACACAUGUUCAUGUCGGGGCAACGGAAGGUGAACGAGAAAACAGCGGCUGAUAUCCUUCACCUCCAAGAGCGUCUCACAUCAUUGGAGUGCAGUCUCACGAACACUCAGUGCAAGCAGGCCGACUUGGCUGCUGACAGGACAGACAUCAAGACUCUGCUCACCGAGCUGACCACGCGCACGGCUUCCAUCGAACAGAAGAUGGACAGCUGGUGGGAUUCAGGCGAGCAGCAGGAUUGGACGGCGCAGGGGCACAGCGACGAUAUCGACUUCGACGAAGCCUUGGGGGAGGUCGUCGCCAACGAACCCCUGGGGGAGGAACCCGGCGUAACCAGACACCUGGUGCCGGCAGAUGUCCCCAGACCAGGGGAGCAGGGGCUGCUGGACAGUUUAUGGUCUGAGUUCGAUCCCGUGAGACCGCAGAUCUCGACGAGUCCGUCCUUUGGAGUCAGGGAAGAGGGCGUCCACGGACCUCCGCUGACCCAGGCAGCGCUCCCUGCCCCCAGCCACGCUGCAAGCCAUCUGGUGGACUACUCAACACAGCGGCUUGGAACGGAAGUCGUUGCAGUUGGGCAAGGCGCGGCGGGCCACUCUCUCGGGGGCCUCGGCCGGCAGCAUAUCCAUCACGAUGCAACCGUAGCGGAGUUUCUCAUACCAGCUGAGAUGCGACAGGCACCAACAAAGACCAUUGGGGCGCAGAACGUCACCGCAGCGAGCCGAGGCACGGCCCUCCCGACGCUCCAGCCAGGCGGCAACUGGUUCCCUAGUGCACUUCCAGCACCGGCAGCUGCAGCACUGACAAUGCAGAUGGAUCCGUGGCGGAGCACCAGUGGAGCCGCCCCCGCAGCUUCAAGGGCUGCAAUGGACCAGACUGUCUCAUCACCGCCUGGGCUGGCCGAGACGGAGCUAGACCAGCAGAUGAGUCCACAGGAGUUAAGUCUUCUGAUGAAGUUCUUUCAGACAGUGGGAGAAUUGCCGAAACUUGAGUACGGGUCUCCAUCAGACAGGGCCGAGCGGUUACAGAUGUGGAAGCUCGCUAUGGGGACGACCCUCAAGACCACCCGCCCGGUGGUGCUUCAGUACUGGAACUUCGUCGUCAAGGCGGCGGAAGACAUGUACCAGGUGUGGCUCGACACACCCUUCAUGCAAAGGAGUCGAGUGAAGUGCCUCGUGGAAAUUCCGCGGAGGUUCGAAGACAUCGAGUUGUACCUUCACCCGCGGAUUUUGGCGACGCUGCCUUCGAAGUUAAAGGACGCGGUGAUGCAGGAGAAGAGCAUCGGACUAGACAUUGCCACUCCAGGGGUGCUAUUCCGAUUGUUUACUUGGAUGCAGCCGGGCGGACUGGAGGAACACGACGCCCUCCACAAGACCCUGACCAGUUCGAAUCUUUGCGUACACCCCCAGGCGGCACUGAAAGAACUGAGGCGGUGGUUCAAGGCCAUUCAACGUGCUGUCCAGAUUGGCAUGCAGCUGCCUUCCUUGGAGCUCCUGUACCGCGGAGCGCGCUCGAUCUACGCAGGCGCCUUCGAGCAUGACGAGUUUGCACUACGUCUUCGGUUCACCACCGAGGAGCAAAAAUGGGGCUUUCCCCACCGACUGUCCUACGAAGGGCUGCAGGCCAUCAACACCUUUGCAGAGGGUGAGCUUGCAGCGCUGGUCCUGUGUGGACACACCAGUCGUGAUUGCGUCUGCCCUGGUGGCGGCAAGGACGAGGAGAAAGAGAAGCACUGGGGCGACUACAGGAAGAGAAAAGAGGAGGCCGUCGCAAAAGGCAAAGCCGCUGGCAAGACCGAGGGGCCAGACGGCAAAGGCGGCAAAGGGAAGGGCAAGGGCGACAAAGGCGGCAAGCCACGCGCCAAGUCCCUCCACACUUCGGCAGCGUCUUCUGAUGUGGCCGAACUACCAGCAGGAGCGGUCGGUUUAGACAGCUGGGCCAACGUCUGGCUUCAGUGCAAGAGCCCAGACGACGAGUCUGCUACUUGGACAGAGGCGCUCAACCUGGCCGACGGGAGCACGACCUCGUGCAAGACAGCACUGGGACCGAAAGGGAUCCCACAAGCGUUCGUGCGCCGCCGCCCCGAGGGGGAGAACAUUGAUUUGGCUCCAUGGGGGUGGUUGACAGAGAGGUGGUGUGAAGUCACCUGGACAGAUACGAUCACGUUGAAGACCCCGAAAGGAACAGAACUGACUCUGGGAAUGUGGCGUGGAAUGCCAUAUUUGACACAUGAGCAGAUGAACGCCGUGAUCCAGGACCUCCCAGCGGCGAGCGCCCCAGGCUGGUCAGGCCGAGCGGCGGGACAAAAAGUGUCGGCAUCUUGUGUCGUGUGGGGACCACUCGGCUGCGCAGCCAGAGUUGACGUGCCAGAGACGACCACAGGCACCUCCGCCACCCUGGCGGCCAAGGGGUCCCAGAAGAUGCAGCGGAACCAGCUGAAGGAGCAACUGAAACAUCUCGAGUCGACGGUGAGCAAGGAGGACCGCCAGAACCUUCUGAAGCGCUACGACGCCUUGCCAGAUCGCUACUACGACGGUUCGACAGCCGCCGGGCCCGAGAAUCUCCUCGAUUGGAGCUUCAUGAAAAGCCAGGGACACGUCAAGUUCCACCCAGUGGACCUCUGGGAGUGCUUCGCAGGCAGCGCAAUGCUGACAGCAACGGCGAAGAAAGAUCACGCGCGAGCUGGGCAGACUCUGACUUUGCGUUUCUGGACCAUGAUGUGCUUCCUUCAGGUCGUGAUGGGCCGCACUUACAUGAUCGAGCAGCCCCGGGGCAGCGGCAUGUAUUCUGAUUCGCCUGUGGCACUCUUGGCCCACAGUGGAAUGGACCUCCACAAGUCUAUCACAUAUCAGUGCACUCACGGAGCAAUGAUCAGCAACGAGCCCAUCAAGAAAGCAACAGAGUUUUGGAGCAAUAGGGACAUUGCGUCCUUGUCCCCGAACCUGAGCAAGCGAUGUGCUG